AUGCAGUGGGCUUUCAUCACACUCCUCAGUUCGGCCAUCGCCGUGCUGGCUUCCCCAACCCACACAGCAAACCGAACGCUCACCUUUACUAUCGAGGCAACCCGGCACGGCAAGCCCAUUCCCCCAUCCCAAAUCAAGCUCGAGCCCUUCGAGUUUGGCCGCAGCCACAUCGGACAUCAUGGGCCCGUACCUGCCCCCCCUUCAUCUCCAGAGGCAGUCGACCCGACCCCUCGGAUGGCUAAGAGAGCCAACCCAACGGCCACUAGCAACAAUUGGUGCGGAUCUGUCAACACCCUCUCGAAGACCAACCCGGUGAAAACGAUCCAUGGUGAAUUCCAACAUCCCACCUGCUCGCUACGGGGCGGGAGCACAACAUUCCCGCAAGCGGCGGCGAACUGGGUUGGGAUCGAUGGAGACUCGUGGACGUCGGCGUUGUUGCAGGCCGGCACGGUUUGUAAGAUUGAUAACUCGACCGGAAUCGUCAAGAACGAAGUUUGGUGGCAAUGGGUACCCUCGGCCGCUUAUACCAUCACUUCUAUGCCGGUGUCCCCCGAUGAUUGGUUCGAGAUCACCAUUGCAACCUCCUCCGCCACAUCGGCCGAAAUCACAAUCACCAACCUCGCCCAAGCCCACACCUACACCAUUACUAUCAACAGCGGCCCCACCCUCGCCCGCGUCAACGCCGACUGGGUCGUCGAGCGCCCUUACUUCGGCACCACACUGGCCGGGUUCCCAACCUUCACCGACGUCUGGUUCGAUAAUGCCUGGGCCGAUCUCAUCUCUGGGGCGCGGGUCAACGUUGACGGUGCCAAGCAGUACCAGAUCCCGGGGCUGUGCGCGUCGCAGGAGUGGGAUGGGGCGUGGGUAACGAUCAACGUCACUGGAAGCGCGACACUGAGUUGA